CCAAGAUAUGAACAAAAAGUUAAGCAGUAUAUGUAGAUAGAGCUGCAUAUGCAAAUGCUGUGAUCUGAUUCGUGCGUUGACUUUAUAAUCACAUAAAGUUUGUUCACCAGUUACCCAACGAAUCCCUUUGCUCUUCAUUCUAAUCCAUCUAUCAUCGCCCAUGUCAGCAGAAAGAAUACCCGAUCCAUCAUGGAAGUACGAUGUGUAUUUGAGUUUCUGAGGCCAAGACACUCGCAGCGGAUUCACCUCACAUCUCUAUGACGCUUUGAGGAGAGCUGGGAUUCAUGCUUUCAGGGACGAUGAGGCGCUUGGGAGAGGAGACCAGAUGACAUACAUACUAGUUCAAGCAAUCGAAGCUUCUAGACUUUUUGUUGUUGUUUUCUCAGAAAGUUAUGCUGCUUCUACAUGGUGUCUGAACGAGUUGAUGAAAAUAAUGGAGUGUAGAAGCACUAGAGGUCAAACUGUCAUUCCGGUAUUCUACAAUGUUGAUCCCUCAGAUAUACGCCACCAGAGCGGUCCUUUUGAAAAAGCUUUUCAAAGUCAUAGAUUCUCAUAUGAGAAUGAGAUAGUCCACGCUUGGAGGGCUGCGCUCACUGAAGCUGCUAACCUUCUUGGAUUUCUAAUCACUGGAAGCAGAACUAGAAGUGAAGCUGAAAUUAUCGGAGAGAUUGUUGAACAUAUAACUACUCUACUUGCUUCGGAAGACUUGUUCAUCACAAAGCAUUUAGUGGGAGUACAAUCUCGCACGGAAGAUGUGAUUCAACAGUUACAUUCUCAUACACCAGAAGAUGUCGUGUUAAUGGGGAUAUGGGGGAUGGGAGGAGUGGGUAAAACAACCAUUGCGAAAAGUGUUUAUAAUCAAAUUCAUCGCCAUUUUGAUAGGACAAUGUUCCUCCCAAACAUUCGGGAGAUGUGGGAGAAUAACCAACAGGUUUUUCUGCAAGAACAGUUAUUGAAUGGUAUUUGCAAAGCACAAAUAAACAUACAAAACAUCGGAUCAGGAGUAGCUUUAUUAAGGGAAAGACUUCGCCUGGAAAGAGUAUUUCUUGUACUUGAUGAUGUCAAUAAGAUAGAUCAGUUGAAUGCCUUGUGCGGUAGUCGAGAAUGGUUUGGUGCAGGGAGUAUAAUAAUCAUCACAACAAGAGAUAGACGUCUGCUUCGUAUGAUUGGAGUUGAUUAUGUGUACCAAGUGAAAGAAAUGGAUUACAAUGAAUCUCUUGAAUUUUUUUGUUGGAAUGCAUUUGGGAAAGCAACUCCUUUAACCGAGUUUGUUAGACUUGCAGAAGAUGUAGUUGCAUAUUGUGGGGGAUUGCCACUAGCCCUUGAAACAGUUGGUUGUCAGUUAUUUGGAAAGAUGAAAGACGAGUGGGAGAAUGUAUUAGGUGGACUCAAAAGGUUUCCCCAUCCGGAUGUACACCAAGUUUUGAAAAUAAGCUUUGGUGGCUUAAAUGAUGACAGAGAGAAAGAAAUAUUUCUUGACAUAGCUAGCUUUUGUAUUGGCAUGGAAAGGGGGGAGGUACUGGAAACACUAAAUUAUGGCUUUGGAAUUAGCGAACAUGGAAUUAGUUUCCUUGAAGAGCGGAGUCUUAUAACAUUUGAUGAGAAAGAUAGAGUUCGAAUGCAUCCUUUGCUGCGAGACAUGGGAAGAGAAAUCGUUCGAGAGCAAUCACAAACUGAUGAUCAGCGAAGGACGUACGAUGUUUUCAUGAGUUUUCGAGGCAAGGACACUCGUCCAACGUUUACAUCACAUCUCCAUACAUCUCUCCAAAAUGCUGGAAUUGCUGCUUUCAAGGAUGACGAUGAUGUUGAUGGACUUCAAAGGGGAGAACGGAUUUCAAUCGCAUUGUUAAAAGCAAUUGGAUUGUCUGCAUGUUCUGUCAUUGUUUUUUCAACCCACUAUGCUGAUUCAAAAUGGUGCCUGCAAGAGCUUGAGAAUAUCAUGGUAUGCCAUAGAACAAAAAAUCAAGUGGUUUACCCCAUAUUCUAUGAAGUACAUCCCUCUGAUGUACGUUAUCAAAAGAAAGACACUGACUUUGGGAAAGCUUUUGAAAGUCUUAUAAGUCGAAGAUCAGUGGAAGAAGAUAAGGUGCAAAGUUGGAGAACAGAUCUUCGUGAAGUUAGUAGCUUUUCAGGGAUGACUGUGAUCAACUCCAGGAACAAAAGUGAAGAUAUCAAAAGAAUUGUUGAACACGUUACUCGGUUGUUAGAUAAGACAGAGUUGUUCGUUGCAGCGCAUCCAGUGGGAGUAGAACCUCGUGUGCAAAAGUUGAUUGAAGAAUCAAACAUUCAAAAGACAAAAGAUGUUCUGAUACUUGGGAUAAAGGGCAUGGGGGGCGUUGGUAAAACCACUAUUGCCAAAGCCAUCUAUAACAAAAUUGGUCGCGAUUUUGAUGGCAGGAGUUUCCUCCUGAACAUUAGAGAAACAUGGCAGCAAGAUAACGGAAAGGUUCUCUUGCAACAGCAACUUCUUGAGGAUAUAUUCAUUGCAACAAGGAUACACAUACGUAACAUUGAUUCAGGGAUGCAAAUAUUAAAGGAAAGGCUUGGUGCUAAAAGGGUACUCAUUGUGCUUGACGAUGUAACUGAUUUGUACCAACUCAAUGCUUUGUGUGGUAGUGGUGAAUGGUGUGGUCCUGAAAGCGUAGUAAUCAUCACAACAAGACAUGAUGAUCUUCUUCGAGUGUGUAAACACACAUUCAAUCUAGAAGAGAUGAAUGGGGCUGAAUCCCUUGAGCUUUUUAGCUGGCAUGCAUUCAAACAAGCAUGUCCAAAAGAAGAGUUUGCCAAGCUAUCUACAGAUGUAGUUGAAUAUUCUAAUGGAUUGCCACUGGCUCUGGAAGUUCUUGGCUCCCAUUUGUUUAAUAUGGGAAUAAAAGAGUGGCAAAGUGCAUUGAAUACUCUGAAAUUAAUUCCCCAUGAUAAAGUCCAGAAGAAACUACAAAUAAGUUUUGAUGGUUUAAGUAAGAAUUAUGAAAAGGAAAUAUUCCUUGACAUUGCAUGCUUUUUUAUUGGGAUGGAUCGGAAUGAUGUUGUGAAGAUAUUAAAUGGUUGCGGGUUCCAUGCAGAAAUUGGAAUCAGUGCACUUAAAGAGCGAAACCUUAUAACCGUUGAUAACAAUAAUAUGCUUGGAAUGCAUGACUUGUUAAGAGAUAUGGGAAGAGCAAUAAUUUGUGAGCAAUCACCUGAGCUUGAAAAGCGAAGUAGAUUAUGGUACGAUGAGAAAGUGCUUGAACUAUUAGAGAAUCAUGAGGGAACAGAUUUAAAGGCUAAGGGAUUGAGUUUGAAGUUGCCUAUGACCAAUUCCAUUUGUUUGAGUAAAGAAGCAUUUAAGAGUAUGACUAAACUUAAAUUGCUUCAACUCGCCGGUGUACAACCUAAUGGAGAGUUCAAACAUGUUUCAAGAUAUCUUAGAUGGAUGAGUUGGCAUGGAUUUCCUUUGAGACACACUCCCAAAGACUGCUAUCAAUCAAAUAUAAUUUCCAUUGAGUUAGAAAACAGCAAACUCAAACUUCUGUGGAAGGAGUCCCGGUUGUUGAAACAGCUGAAGAUUUUAAAUCUUAGUCAUUCACAUGACUUGAUCAAAACCCCAGAUUUUUCAUACCUACCUAAUCUUGAGAAGUUAGUACUCAAGGAUUGUACAGAAUUGUCUUCGGUUUCCUAUACCAUUGGAACUCUACAAAACAUCCUUCAUAUCAAUAUAGAAGGAUGUACAAACCUUUGUGUACUUCCAAGAAGCAUAUACAAGUUGACAUCUCUUGAAACUCUCAUCCUCUCUGGGUGUUCAAAGAUUGAUAAGUUAGAAGAAGAUGUGGAACAAAUGGAAUCUUUGGCAGUGCUAAAAGCUGAUAACACUGCCAUAGCACAAGUGCCCAGUGCGGUAGCAAGAUUAAGAAACCUUGGACAUAUUUCUUUGUGUGGCUAUGAAGGAUUGGCACGUGAUGUGAUUCCUUUAAUUAUGUUUUGGUUAUGGCCUUCACCAAAUAAUAUGUUGUCAUCAGUUAUGCAAAAAUGUUCAUCAAAUGUUUUCACUUAUGCAAAUUGGGGUCCACGGCUUCAGAUAAAAGGAGGUGUAUCUUUGGAUACUGACAAUGUGGCAAAUUGCAAUGAAUUGGGGAUGCAUAUUUCUGAAUCAAAAUCUUCUUUGAAUUCCCUUUUGAUUCAAAUGGGGGUGGAAAACUCAACCACAGAGAUACUUCAAAAGACCAUUUCACAGAACAAUGAGCUUGGAGAUUACCUGCUCCCUUAUGACAACAAUAAUCCUGGUUUGUUAACAUUCAGUGGUGAAGGUUCCUUUGUGACUUUUCAAGUCCUUCAUAUGAAUGGGCGCAACUUGAAGUCCAUGAUGUUGCACAUUGUUUUCUAUUCUACUUCUUCCACAUUCAUCACUACAACAGAAGGUCUGAUUCUUGAAAAUGUGCGAAUCUUAAAUCUCUCAAGGGACAAAUCCAAUGUAUUUAAGGGAGAUAAGUUAGCUUCAUUAAAAGAUGAGGACAGGGAAAUCCUAAUGUCAAGUCUAGAACCUGGUGACACCGUGCAGAUUGUUGUUGCUUUAGGAUCUGGGUUCAUUGUGAAGAAGACCAUAGUUUAUCUCAUAUAUGACGAUGAACCACCAAUUGGGGGAAACUUGGAGCACUUCAAUGAUGAAGAGGAUGAUAAUGUUCGUUCUACUGGUGAUGACGUUGUAGCUUCUGUGAAUGAAGGCACUUUGGGUGUUGAUGUCAUUGCAGCAGAUGAUGACGAAGAUGUUACUGUUUUUGGUGUUCAUGAUGCAGUAGCUGGUAUGAAUGAAAUUGUUUCUGGUGUUGAUGCUAUGGAAGAAGAUAAGGAUGGUGCUACUGUUGCUAAUGUUGAUGAUGAUAUGGUAGCCAAUCUGGAUAGAAAUGCUUCUACUUCUGGUACUGAUAUCAUGCCACCAAUUACUAAUGGUUUUGGUGCUAAUUAUGUAGUAGCAACUGAUAUAAAUGAAAGUUCUUCGAGUGUUGAUGAUAAUAAUGACGAUGAUGUUGCUGCCAUUGGAGAUAAAAUGACAGGACUUAUUCCCUUAGUUCAGGUCCCUCUUGAUGCUAAUAUAUAUUCUGAGCUUACAUUGACUAUGAUGGUUUCAGAAGAUGAGCUUCAUGAAGAUAGUGAUUUGCUUAUUGCAGAGUUGGAUAAAACAUUGUCAGAGAGCUACUUUCUGUACCCUAGUCCUGGAUCAUUAGAACUUCAAAGUCUCUCUCUGAUUUCAAUCUUUCAAAAAAUGCAACUUCUUUUGGAUAAUGAACUAGAAGCCUUGGUAGGAGAUGUUAACAUCAAGAAUCAGCUUCUCGGCUAUGUGGCUCAAUUAGGUCAAAUAAUAGAGUCAUCACAAGUUCCUAAAGAUCUUCACUCUUUGGUUAUUGAGAUUAGUCAUUUCUAUGAAGAUUUUCUCAAUGAUUUUCCACCUGUUCAAGAAGUGUUAGACAAUCAUCAAAGAUUGAUCGACUCAAAGAAUGGACUUCAAGAGAAGUUAAAAGCGGCUAAGGCCAAACAAGGACAGUUUUCUGCUUCAAUUUCUAAAGGAAAAGAAAGGGUCAAUGAGACGUCAAAAGAAAUCAAUGAAUUGGAGUCAAAACUAAAAGCCUUGCAUGAGAAGAGGAAUAGGUUACAAUUCAAUGUGAAACGUUGUGAGUUUGAAUCUAUAAACAUCAAUAAGAAUUUGGAAACUUUGAUAAAAGAGAAUGAAGAGGUUGUGAGCAGUCUCAAAGAAUCAGAAUCUGCAUUCAGAAAGGCUGAGUUGUCAAAGCAGAGUUAUGAGAGGAAGCUAGCAGUCUUGAAGCAAGCUCUUUAUGGCAACACUAGGCAUUAGAAUUUUCUUCAAUUUUGUAAUAAUUAGAACACUUAAUUACUUGUGUUUGUCAUAGUGUGCAUAACUGUCAUAUAUAACAGUUAGUUAAGAAAUGGCUUAAGGGUUAAGACAAAUUUUAAAGACACACUCACUUGCA